AUGUCUCCAUGCAACAAAACAUCGAGGGUGGUGGGAGCAAAUCGCAUGGGUCUGCCCAAGCCGGACUUGCCAACAUACACUUCACCUCCGAGCUAUGUCACAGAUGGGUGGGUACAGCAAGGAGAGGAUGAUCGUGUAACGAUAUCAGGCAACAGCGUGAGGCAGAUGACUCCCAUAGUCGAGGAUUUACCUCCACAUGACGAUACACAACUUCAAGAGUUUAGCCUGGUCGAACCAAACAAUAUACACUCUCCUGACACACUUCCUUCUAGGGAGGUAAUUUUGGCUUGGGAAUCAGGCAAUAACCUCUAUAGCUCUAAUUCUUCCUCUGGCUCAAUGGCAAGCGUUUCAAGACCCCGAGCACCUGGCAUCGUAGCAAAUGAGCCAUUCGGUGCCCCGCCUGGGUGCGAGAUUUACCGUCGCAGCAUGAGCCAAUCCAGAAGUUGA